AUGAAUGACGUGCUUGGCCGACCGACAACCCGAGUUGCCCCGCCAGGGUCCUGCCUCGUGCGGGCGGGCCAUGCAGCAACCACGACGUCGUCGAUUGACGGCAGCUCGACCACUCGGAAGCGCCAUGUCACCAAGUCAUGGAUGGAAACCUGGCAUAUUGACAUUCACAAAGAACAGUCUCACAAGCAGGUGGACGCAAGGAUUGAUGUACAAAAGCCACCAGUGCGGCUCAACUUAGAAUUACAGUCUUUCCCGGAAGAAAAGAUUCAUGGAGACAGUGUCUUGACAACGCCAGGUCUACACGCCGAAAAAAUACAAUGGGGCGGCGGCCCUAAGAGACUAGGCCUAACUGCCCACGUCUAA